AUGGGGAAGCACAACCCAAUUUGGCUUGUGCAUUGUUUGGUGUAUCUUUUUCUCAUGGCUGGUGGACAGAGACAACAGAGGCUUAAUAAAUCAUGCAUUCUUCUCAUAGCCAUUGCAGGAAUAGAGAGGUUUGCAUUCAAGGGCGUCGCAUCCAAUUUGGUGACAUACCUUACUGAUAUGGUGAACUUGAGUAACUCAUCUGCAGCAAAGAUGGUUAACAGUUGGGUAGGAUUUACUUCCAUAAUGCCAUUGCUGGUUGCACCUAUUGCUGAUGCGUAUUGGCACAAAUAUUCUACCAUAAUGGUCUCAUCUUUCCUGUAUUUUGUGGGACUUGCAGCAUUGACAACGACAGCUUUAGCAAGGUCAUGGCAUCACAGAAACAGAACAAUGUCUUCUUCAUUUCUCUCGCUGUCUCUCUACUUAAUUUCAUUAGGACAAGGUGGAUAUAACCCAUCUCUGCAAGCCUUUGGAGCAGAUCAACUUGGUGAGGAGGAAGAAUUGCCUUGUAGCAAAGAUGAUAAAAGUUGCAACAAAAAGACUCUAUUCUUUAAGUGGUGGUAUUUUGGUGUUUGCAGUGGAAGCCUAUUGGGUGUUACAGUCAUGUCCUACAUCCAAGACACCUUUGGAUGGGUACUUGGAUUUGCCAUCCCUGCUAUUUCAAUGAUUAUGUCCAUUUUAAUUUUCUCUGGUGGUAGUCCUAUAUAUCUAUAUAAACAACAUGAUGUCUUUCAAAAUAAGAAGCCCCUCAGGAACAUAUUUCAAACCAUAAAAGCUUCUGCAUUGAGAUGUUUCCAUUGUGAAAUUACCCUACCAAAUGACAAGUCUGAAUUGGUGGAGCUAGAGCUUCAAGAGAGACCCCUUUGUCCUGAAAACUUGGACAACCUUAAGGAUUUGAAUAAUGAUCCUAAAAGUGGCAUGUAUCUGCUAGAAAAUGUCAAGGUUAUGGUGAGGCUUUUGCCCAUAUGGACGAUGCUUCUCAUGUUUGCAGUGAUUUUCCAGCAGCCUGCCACAUUUUUCACAAAACAAGGCAUGACAAUGAAGAGGAACAUUGGUACAGAUUUCAAGAUCCCACCAGCCACACUCCAAAGUGCAAUAACAUUGUCCAUAAUACUACUGAUGCCAUUGUAUGACAAAAUAUUCAUACCAAUCACUCAGGUGAUCACUAGGCAGGACAAGGGUAUAAGUGUGAUGCAAAGGAUGGGAAUUGGAAUGGUUCUCUCCAUCAUAGCCAUGGUUAUUGCAGCUCUAGUUGAGAUGAGAAGGCUUGACAUUGGAAGGAAAAUGAGAAGUGCAGGAUUACAUACAGAAACAGUGCCUCUAAGCAUUUUCUGGCUGCUACCACAGUACAUUCUUCUUGGCAUCUCAGACAUUUUCACAGUUGUUGGGAUGCAAGAGUUCUUUUAUGGCGAAGUUCCCAGGACAAUGAGGACAAUGGGAAUUGCCUUGUACACCAGUGUUUUUGGGGUUGGAAGCUUUGUGAGUGCACUGUUGAUUACACUAGUUGAAGUGUACUCAAGUUCGAAGGGAAUACCAAGCUGGUUCUGUGAUGAUAUGGUUGAAGCACGGUUGGACAGUUACUAUUGGCUUUUAGCAUGGUUAAGUGCAGUGAGCCUCCUACUGUAUGCACUCUUGUGUAGAUAUUACCUUAAGAAGAGUGAUUCAGAUAGUGAAUAUUGA